UAAAUUAAUUGGUUUACGUGAAAGUUAUAGUGUCUACAAAUGGUGGUAUAUAUACUGGAUUUUUUUUUUAUACUAGCAAUGGCAGCAAUCAGCGAAUUGUAGCGGGACUGCGGUGGGCAUUCUGACACUGGUGGGAACUGACUGUCCCUGACAUCCCCAGUGACACUAAUACAGUGAUCAGUGUUAAUAAAAAGCACUGACACUGUACUAAUGGCACUGGGCAGGAAGGGGUUAAUAUGAGGGGCGAUCAAAGGGUCAAAAGUAUGCUGGGCUGUGUUUGUGCUUCACUGGAAGCACACUGCUUUGUAUGGCUCUGCUCUGCUAUGCAUACAAAUCAGUGUGCAGGAGCUGACAGGGUAGAGAUCUGUAUUGUUUACGUCCGAGAUACUCAG